AUGGUCGGCUUAUCAUUCAUCGAAAAAUUAUUAAAAUAUGACAAAAAUAAUCAAUUUAGAAUUGAAACUUUUUGCGAAGAACCUCUAGAAGAAGAGCGAAUGUUAAUACAGCCUAAAAGCUGGUAUUCAAAAAAUAACGUGAUCGUUCACACAAACGAAAAGGCGACCUAUAUAGACACUACUACAAGAUGUGUAAUCUCAGCAAAUGGAUUGUCCGUGCCUUACGACACGUGCAUUCUGGCCACAGGAUCUUAUGCUUUUGUACCGCCGAUCCCCGGUUCGGAUCGACCGGGUGUAUUUGUAUACCGUACCAUCGACGAUUUAAAUGAAAUCAUAAGCUACAGCAAAAAAUCGAAGCGUGGCGCCGUAAUCGGGGGUGGUUUACUUGGACUUGAAGCCGCCAAAGCUCUAGCGGAUUUGGGAGUGGAUGUCACGAUUAUUGAAAGGUCUCAAUUGUUGACAAGACAAUUGGAUUCUGUAGCUGGAAAAAUGCUUCAAAGUGAGAUCGAAAAGCUUGGAAUUAAAUGUUUAAUUGGCUCUCAACCAAGAGAGAUCAUCUCGGAUGAUGAAGGAAAGGUUUCGGGUGUUCGAUUUGAUGAUGAAACGAUUCAAUUGGAUAUAGUGAUCAUUGCAACGGGAAUUCGUCCGCGUGACGAACUUGCCAAAGCAUCGGGAAUUUCAACCCACGAACGUGGUGGCGUUUUUGUUGAUGACCGUUUACAAACUAGUGAUCCUAAUGUUUUUGCAAUUGGUGAAGUCGCUUUGUACGGUGGUAUGAUUUAUGGACUUGUUGCGCCCGGUUAUGAUAUGGCUGAUGUGGUUGCAAAAAACUUGACAGGCGAUGAUAAACGAUUCUUGGGAGGAGACAUGUCAAGUAAACUUAAACUUUUGGGAGUUCAUGUGGCCAGUUUUGGUGAUUAUUUCGCCAAUGAAGAUACGGCGAUGCCUCUGGUGUACAAUGAUCCCUUUGGUUCGGUUUAUAAAAAGCUUUUAUUCUCAAAAGAUGGCAAGUACUUGAUUGGUGGUAUCUUAGUCGGUGAUACUGACGAUUAUGCCAAACUUCACGCUCUUAUGAAAUCAAAGAAAGUUUUAACCACCCCUCCCGGUGAACUUAUCCUGGGUGUUAAAAAUGGACAGGCUCCAGGUGCAGAUGAACUCCCCGAUGAAGCUCAAGUUUGUUCGUGUAAUAAUGUGUCGAAAGGCCAAAUUCGAGAAGCGAUUCAAAACGAUGGAUGUUGUUCUAUGGGUCAAGUUAAAUCAUGUACAAAGGCCGGUACGGGCUGUGGUGGAUGUAUUCCAACUAUAACGGAAAUUUUCCAAGCUGAAAUGAAAGCGUUGGGUCACGUGAUGACCAACGCGCUUUGUCCACAUUUCAGCUUAUCUCGUUCUGAACUAUUCCAGGUCAUAAAGAUAAAGAAAUUGACAACCUUUAAAGAAAUCAUGGAAAAGGUCGGUAAAAAAGGAACUCAUGGAUGUGAAAUCUGUAAACCGGCUAUCGCUUCAAUUUUGGCUAGUUUAUGGAACGAUCAUGUCCUCGAUCAUGCCAAUCUACAAGAUACAAAUGACCGUUACCUUGCCAACAUUCAACGCGGGGGAUCAUAUUCUAUCGUUCCUAGAGUACCGGGAGGUGAAAUUCUUCCUAAAAAACUUGUCGUGCUCGGACAAGUUGCGGACAAAUAUGGGUUAUACACUAAAAUCACAGGUGGCCAAAGAAUUGAUCUUUUUGGUGCAAAAAAGCAAGAUUUACCCGUUAUAUGGGAAGAGCUUGUUAAAGCCGGAUUUGAAUCUGGUCACGCUUAUGGAAAAGCCCUGAGAACUGUAAAAUCUUGUGUGGGAAGUCAAUGGUGCCGGCAAAAUGAAUCUAACAUAAUAUUUGUUUUUCCAAUACAAAACAGAUAUGGUAUGGGUGACUCUGUCGGAUUUUCAAUUGCCAUUGAAGAUCGAUAUAAAGGAAUAAGAGCGCCACACAAGAUAAAAGCAGCAGUAUCGGGCUGCCUUAGGGAGUGUGCAGAGGCCCAGGGAAAAGACUUUGGUCUCAUCGCGACAGAAAAUGGUUAUAACCUUUAUGUCUGUGGAAAUGGUGGUUCCAAACCAAAACAUGCCGUGUUAUUGGCGAAGGAUAUCUCAGAAGAAACCGCGAUUAAAUAUAUAGAUAGAUUUUUAAUGUACUAUAUUUACACCGCCGACAGAUUGGCGCGUACAGCUCGAUGGUUGGAAAAGUUGGAAGGAGGAAUUGAAUACCUUAAAAAGGUUAUCAUCGAUGAUCAUCUCGGCAUAUGCGAGGAGUUAGAAAAAGAUAUGUCACGUUUGAUUUACACUUAUGAAUGCGAGUGGACCAAGGUAGUUAACGACCCAAAUAGACGUCAGGAUUUCGUUCAAUUUGUAAAUACGGAUGAAACCGUUGAUGAGAUUGAAUACAAGACCGAACGUGGUCAGAAAGUUCCAGCAGACUGGCCAAAAGAUUUCAAUGAUGGUGGCUUUGUUGUUCCCGAAAGAAAUUCGUUGAAUGAAAAAUCAUGGGUCAAAAUCUCUCCGGUAGAUGCCUUCCCAGUAGAAGCAGGUCAAGUUAUAAAAUACGGUGACACACAGAUCGCAAUAUUUAAUACACAUGAGAAAACACGUUGGUACGCAACUCAAAAUAUGUGUCCACAUAAACGAGCGUUCGUGUUAUCUCAAGGCUUGGUAGGAGAUGAUGAAAAUGGAGUGUUGAAAGUGAGUUGCCCAAUGCACAAGAAGAAUUUUGCAUUGGAUACAGGCGAAUGUAUAUCUGGUGACGCAGACCUUAAGCUCAUGACUUUCGAAAUUAGGGUACAGGAUGAUUAUGUUUGGUUAAAACUUCCAUCAACUCAAGAACUUGACAGGAUACUUGGAACGAGUAAAUGGAAGGUUACAAAGAAUGGUAAACCUGAAAAGAGCAGAUUUUUACAACGAUCGGCUAAAUCCAAAGUUGAAAUGUUGGGUACAAUAAAUAGUACUGAGUGUGGUAGCGUUGGGUGUGAUGAUAAGAAAUUAGACUGGUAA